GCCCAACUUGACGAAAUGCGCUGUCGUUUAAAAGAAGGAUACUCUUGGCUUUUUGUUACAGCUUUCCUACAAGGGCCACUUAUUCUAACUCAGCCCGUUUCAUCGAGUCGACUCAGUUCUAGCUCAUCGUGUUCGCCGCCGGAAGAAAAGAUAAGAAAGGAACCGUAUAUUAGUCGCGACAAGGUUUGCGAAGUUGAUCGGAAAUAUUUGAUGGUUCAAUUGAUGAAAAGCACCAUGGUUUCGCCGGAAUCUCAGUUACAGCAGCGUGGAAAAAUGGCGUCGGUGAAGAGAGAGAUACCAGAGGAAUCUACUCUUUAUAAUGAACAACAAGUCCCUCUGCACAAGCGAUCUAAGCAGCAGGAGGAUUUUGGAAUGGGUAGUUUUCCUGUAUCACCAGCACAAUUCAAUCCUUUGGAUGAACCAAGUCCAUUGGGGUUGAGGCUCCGUAAGAGUCCAUCUCUGUUGGAUUUAAUUCAGAUGAGGCUUGCUGAAGGGAACUCUUCUUCUAAGAUUGGAACUGAUGCUAAGAAAGCUAACAAAACCACUGCUGCUUCUGCUGCUGCUACUGAUAAGCUGAAGGCUUCAAACUUUCCAGCAUCACUUCUCAAGAUAGGUACCUGGGAGUACAAAUCAAGAUAUGAAGGAGACCUGGUGGCUAAAUGUUACUUUGCAAAGCAUAAACUCGUGUGGGAAGUUCUUGAUGGAGGUCUCAAGAACAAGAUUGAAAUUCAAUGGUCUGACGUUAUGGCUUUGAAGGCAACUUACCCAGAUGAUGGCCCUGGUACUCUUGAUGUAGUGCUAACAAGACAGCCUCUGUUCUUCAGAGAAACGAAUCCUCAGCCAAGAAAGCAUACUUUAUGGCAAGCAACCUCAGAUUUUACAGGUGGACAGGCUAGCCUACACAGGCGUCAUUAUCUGCAGUGUCCACAAGGGUUGUUAGGGAAGCACUUUGAAAAGCUCAUUCAAUGUGACCCUCGUCUUAAUUUCCUGAGUCAGCAAGUUGAGAUAGAAUUGGAAUGUCCAUACUUUGAACCCAAGACUUCAGUGUUUGAUGAGCCAAAUGAAUCCAAUGAAUAUGAUUUACACAGAGAAGCACCUACCAGUGGCAUCUUUGAUUUAGGUACAAGAGCUUCACCUUCAGGGGGAGGUCAGUCUUCUUCUUCCAGGAGUGAGUUGCAUGAUCCUGUUAGUCGCCCUGCAGAAUUCUCUCGUGAAGCACCUUCACCCAGCUCAGUGAUGGACACGUCAGCAAUUGAGGAAAUCAGAAGAGCUGGGACUGAAGGACUAAAAGGUGGUAUUGACCGAUGGGACCAAAUCAAAGUACCAGGGAUCCACCCAUCCAUGUCAAUGAGUGAUUUAGUAAAUCACAUUGAAAACAGAAUCACUGAACAACGAACCUCAGGCAACCACCCACUUUCCCAUGAAGAGAAAGAAAGCUUAGAAAUCCUGGAAGACAUCAGCCGAUGUCUGUUCAACGACGCCCAAUACGGGUCAUCCACAUCCGAUGAAAAAUCCGUAAUGUCAAAAGUCAACUCUCUCUGCUGUCUCUUACAAAAGGACCCCACAACAUUUCAAGACCUCGAACCUAAAACCAACAAUCAAAAUGAUGGGAAAAGUGUAAUACAUGAAUCAAAGCCUGUUUCUGUUUCUGGUCCUGGAUUGGUAAUUCAAGAUGAAGCUGAUGAUGAUGAUGAUGAUAGUAAGAAGAAUAGUGGAAUGUCCAGAAGGGAUUCUGUUGGUGAUUUGCUGCUUAAUCUUCCAAGGAUCGCUUCUUUACCACAGUUCUUUUACAACUUUUAGGAUAUGAUAUGAUUUUGGAGAGGGUGGUAACUGGUAAGUAAGGUUAGCUGUUAAUCUCUUUUACAUUUACUUUUAUUAUAUCGUUUGAUGAAAAAAGGCUUCUACUUGUUUUGCUACUACUGUAUAUGUCAUAACAAGUUUAGGGUGGUGGUGGUGGUGGCUUUUCUAGUUUCGUUUUUAAACUGUUGUGGUGCAUGUUUUCGAAUGCUGUUAUGAUCAUGUACAUAUGUUGUCUUUGACUUGUAAUUUCGUGCAUUCAAAUUUACAACUCCGUUUUGAUUCCA